AUGCAUGACCUGAAGGCUCAGAUGGCUGCAAUGAAGGCGGCUAUCGCCGACAUCUUCACUGAGGUUAGGCAGGACGACCGCCCAGAGCUCCAGGGAAAGAUUCGGCAAGCAGCAGUGGCCGCCCAGCUGAUUUCUGCUAGUGAGGCAAAGUCGCCAGAAUCCACACCUCCUCAGCAGACAGCAUCACUGAGCCAUGGGGAACCCCGAAAAAUUGAUUCAGUACCCAGCAGCUCAGCUAUUGUACCAGUUUUAGGAGUUGUCCAGAGUAACUUACCAGAGACGCGACAGACAUAUUCCGACACAUCUGCAACACGGCGCCGCGAGGCCAGAGAGCGUAUGAUGAAACUCAUGCCGAACUUGGAGAUCCCGAGGCCUUUGGACCCUUUCCACUGUAUUGACUGCAACAAGAUUGUCGCAGGCUCACAACCCUUUGUAGCUGACAACACGAUCACAUUUGCAGGUCGCCUUUACUGGCGAUUGGCCGAAUGGCAUGAAUUCCAAGCCCAUGGUAGAGAGUCUGCACUGCAAUUGGAGCAGCGGAGAUGGCGCCUACGGGAUUCCGUCCGACCAGCUAAAGUCUCAACUACCAACUCCUUGCCUGAUGCAUCUGGUCAUCACUUCAAUCAGGGCUACGUCUCAAACCCUACUACGAUGAAGUCAUCAGCUCAAAUGUGGCUGUCGCCGUUUGAAGCAGAAAAACGAGUUCGACUCAUGUUUGGAGAUAACGUGCUUUCCUUACUCACUGCUCCUAACGCCGGGCAUUCCCUUAUCGAUGGCUCGAGCCUAAUGCUUCAGUCCACGUUAGGCACUGGUCUCAUCGCUGGACUUCUCGACAGGCUCUCGAACUGUUUCGUUUGCCAUGGCAACACGCCAUUCUGGGAAUCUACCAGAUUCGAUGCAGCCUGCCAAGGGUGGUACUUAGCUGCAGUAGCCACGCAAUACGGGAAUCUUAACGAGUGA